AUGGAGGCGUGGCCGGACGAUUUCCUAUGCCCCAUCACGCUGGAGGUCAUGACGGACCCCGUCAUCCUCCCCUCCGGCCACACCUUCGAGCGCCGCAGCAUCCAGCAGUGGCUCGACGGGGGUCACCUCACCUGCCCCAUCACCAACCUCCCGCUGCCGCCCUGCCCGCCGCUCAUCCCCAACCACGCGCUGCGCCGCCUCAUAGCCGCCGUCUCGCCUUCCGCGGCGGCGGCUCCUGUCCCUACGGAGGGAGGGGCGCACGCGAGGCAAGAAGCGGUGCCGGUUCGGUCCGCAUCACCUGUUCCGGCGCUGCUGAGGCUGGCCAAGUCCGGCGCCGCGGGGCGAAGGGAGGUGCUGGAGUCCGGCAACGCGGCGGUGCUGCUGCGGCACGCGGAGGCCGGGGACGAGGCGGCGGCCAGGGCGCUCCUGCACCUCAGCCUGGACGGCGACGACACCCGCGUCGGGCUCGUGGCGGACGGCGCCGUGGACGCGCUCUCCGCCGCGGUGUCCCGCGGCGGCGCGGCCGCGGCGUCCGCGGCCACGGCGCUCACCAGCCUCGCCACCGUGGACGUCAACAAGUGCACCAUAGGGGCGCACCCUUCCGUCAUCCCGGCGCUGGCGGGGCUCCUCCGCCGCGGCGGCCCGCGGGAGCGCCGCGAGGCCGCCACGGCGCUCUUCGAGCUCUGCAAGCUACCGGAGAACCGCCGCCGCGCGGUGCGCGAGGGCGCCGCGCCCGCGCUCGCGGACUUCGCCGCCGACGGCUCCGCGCGCGCCGUCGAGGUGCUCGGCCUCCUCGCCAGGUGCCGGGAGGGGCGCCAGGAGCUGUGCAGGAUCCCCGGCGUCGUCUCCGUGCUCACGGGCGUCGCCAAGAGCGGCAACGCCCGUGCAAUCGAGCAGGCCCUGCUCGUCCUCAACUGGAUUUGUUCCGAGAGCAACGAACUGGCAUUGGAAGCAAUCAAGCUGCAAGCUUUCGACCUCUGUGAGGCUCUGGUGAACGACGACAACUGCAAGAUCGCCAAGAACGCGGUCGAACUGGUCCGGACGCUCGAGAAAGCGUAG